AUGACCACUCGAACACUCAAGGCGCCAUCGAUGGCAACAUUGGCCUGUCUCGAAUCCGCUCUCUCCUCCCUACGCAUCACCCAAAGACCUACAGCACUACCGCGCAUACCACAGCGCAAUGCCUCCCAUCAAGCACAAGGAAGAGCCAACAAAGCGAAGCAAGGCCCAGGCAAGCGAUUGGGAGCCAAGAAGACAGGCGGCGAAUACGUGAUACCAGGCAACAUCAUCUUCAAGCAGCGAGGCACACAUUGGUUUCCUGGCGACCACUGUUUUAUGGGCCGCGACCACACGAUUCACGCCGGCGUCCCUGGCUACGUCCGCUACUACAGCGACCCAGCCCGACACCCCACCCGCAAAUUCAUCGGCCUCGUCUUCGAAAAAGACCAGCACCUCCCCCAACCAACCCACGCCGCUCGCCGCCGCCACCUAGGACUACUAGCCUACCAGAUGCCCGACCCCGCGCCCUCAGACGCCCUCUCCAACCUCGACGCACCCUCUACCAACCCAGCCAUCACACCGAGCCAACCAACAACAAUAACCCUCAAACCCACCUCCAACAACCCCCAAGGCCUCCAAUUGAGCCUGCGACCAGGAUAUCAAUACAGACAAAGUAAUCACGAGAUCGGGCAAGCGGCCGAGAGGAAAGAAGCCGCUGCGCAGGCCAAAGGCAAGACGACGAGAGCUUAUGACGACUUCAAGCCCGGAGAUCGAUUCGCGGCGUGGCGGAAGAGCGCGGUGAGGAUUGCGAGGAAUAACGAGCGGAAGGCAAUGGGGAGGGGAAAUAAGGGCAAGGCUAAGGCGAAAUAG